CCGCAUAUCUUUUUUUUGUUGUUUUGCCUUGAAUCCGUUACGUUACGUAGUAGUUUGGGCUAUCUGGAGUUUGAGGAGAGUUAAUAUAUUUUUCCAACCAUGGGAGACAUCGAGGCUCCCAACUCGAAUCGGCCGCGCCAGAAUGUCCUGCUCUCUGUUCUCCCGAGCAAAGAGUUCGCCUCCUCAAGGAAAGGAAUGCUGCUUAUUGCUGAAGUGGCACUGUCCUUUGUGUCAUUUGUGUGUUUCGCGGCAUCCACAGCAGCAGCCUUUGUGACGGUUCCUCUGCUGGAGUUCCUAGCUGCUCUCUUCUUGUUGUUCGCUUACUCGACCAAAUUCAAUGAGAGGUUUAAAGGCUUCCUGUGGCCUCUUAUGGAUUUCAUAAGAUGUGUGUCUGCCUCCAUUAUCUUCUUCAUCAUCUCGAUCAUUUCCGUAUCCAAAUAUGUGGACGGUUCCUCUCAGGCUGCUGGGAUAUUUGGGUUCAUUGCCACCAUCGUUUUUGCUUUAGAUUUUUAUCUCAUUUUCAAUGAGCUGGCCGCUUUCCUAAAGCAAGGAGGAGGGGAGUCCAGCGAGGAGCCAUCAAGACAGCAAGAUGAGAUUUCAGACUCUGAUUCGGACUGAGACCGCAGACCACCACCACCAGGAGACCACCACCACCAGGAGACCAGCUGACAAGUUUGAUCAAACAAAAUAAAACAAACUUUGCAGGAGAAAUUUCCACUACGAAGCCAGCAUGUGUAAAGAUCUGCAAGUGUUUAAUUGUGUCUCAAGGUUACUUUGAUACUGUGUGCAGCAAUCACCACAUGGUUACAUUGCUUGUUGGUUAAUUCUAAUAAUUAUGUGCAUUUAUUUGUAGUUGGGGACUCUCCAUAUAGUCCCUGAGAGCCAAACAUGUGUAAAGAGGGCAUUCUGACCCUCUUUACUUAUCCUCUUUGAAUUCUGUUAAGCAUCCAUUCAAGACAUUCAGGAAACAAGUCUAAGCUGAUGUGUCAAAUAUGUUGGUCUUUUUAAGUUACUAAUUUACUGGGCAUUGCAAGAAGUUUAUGAAAUAAUGCAAAACACCCUUUGCUCUUUUUGUGCCCAAACUCAUAUUCAGUGUCUUAGAUAAUUUGGAGAAAAUAUAAAUGCCAACCUUGUACCUUAAGAUCAUAAAGCUGGGAAAUUGUUGGGUCUCAUGAUACUGGGUUCUCAGAAGCUGUUUGUACGAUCUGAAUAUGGGAGCAGACAGUAUGUCUAAACCUGCAAUAAUGAUUAAUAUUGACUUUUGGGCACGUACUGCGACCCUAUUUACAGACAUAUUAGAGUACAACACUAAAUUAAUCUCAUUAUUGAAUACAUGUUUAGGUGUGCCAAUAAUGAAGCAUGUGAGUCACCAUUUAUACAUUUGUAGUAUUACUAUAAAAAAACAUGUACAGUAUAUAGAAGAACAGAUUGGUUGCAGGUUGGCUGGUUACAACCUCUGUCCAAUUGUCUAAACUCUACAAGAGUGCAUUUUUUGUAGUUUGAGGAUAAUAUUUACUGGUCUUCUUUUAAAUUUGACUUUUGGUUCAACAGAAUUCCUGUGGCUUGCUGUACCACAUGACAACCUUUUCUGGAUCGUUAGUUUUUAUAUGACCCAAUGACCCAUGUUUGAAAGUUGUCAUGUGACAGAAAUGAUGCUACAUUUUAAGAUCUCUUCAACUAACCCAAAGUUUGAUAGACUCUCUGCUCUUUUGUUUCAGUUUGUCUACUGUAUGUGUUAAUGCAUUAUUAUAUUGUUAAAUGCUAGAUAUCCUAUAUGUGAAUGUUUUUUGUUUUGAAAAGUAUCUUUGAGUCUUCAGUUCUUCCACAGCCACUACUGAAGAAUUACACGCACUAGCCACAGCGAGUGUUUAUGUAAUACACACUGCACUGCAUGAGCGUUACAACAGCACUGUGAUUUGAAAAUGGAUGAAACAGUGGCCUCUAACUUUCAUGUGGAAUUUCAACUGUUGAGAGCAAUUGGCAUAUUAAUGGUGAGAAAAACACUUCCAAGGUUGCAAUUACAUCCAAUAAUUAUACAUUGUUUGCCCUUGAUGGGAGAGUGUGUUACUUCUGUGUUUCUUUUUGUUUGAAUGGUGCCCAGGCAGAAUCCUCGAGACUGAAGAUACGUGAUUUUCACUGGACAGCUACAAAACUCAACCAUACCUUUACCGUGCAAACGCAAAAACAAAACAAGUUGAACACAGCAUCAUUUUAUAAAGGAGGUCCCUUGCUGAACUAUUGUUGGUGAAAUAUAAAGAUGUUUUUUUUUUUACUGUUUUGCCUUUUUGUGAAAAAAAGUUUGAAUAAAAAAAAGUGAGCUAUUUUCAAUAAUGUCCAAAUUACUUUAUUUAAAUCGUCACUAUAAACUGAAGUGUAUAUAGCUUAGUACGGGUCCAUGCUGUUCAAGACGUGUUGUAAUCAAAGCACACAGAAUUAAAAGCAGAGAAGAGCAUCUCGCCUCCAAUUUCAUCCAAACAGUCAGACUGAGCAUGUUCACCGUUUAUAGUGCGAUCUGGAAACUAGUGAAAAUAACUUCUUCUCUUCCCUAUAAAUAGAAAUAGACCAUUACACACUGUAGCAAAACGUUGUAUAUACAGGGUCGAUAGUUUUUGACCGAUAUGAUGGUAAAUUGAUAUUAUCAAAUAGUAUAAUGCACUUGCGUGAUUGUGCUGCAAAGUGUGAAUAUUUUUACAUCACUCAGACACAAAUCCAUGCAUGAAAGAGCAAAGUAGAAUAGAUGUUAUUGUCCAUUCAUAAAAGUAGUUUGGUCGCCAUACCAGGACAAAUAGCAGUUGUACGUGAUAAAAGUUACUAAAAACAUGCGAAAAGCCUGAUUAAUCAAUCUUUCUGUGUAAUGUGGAAACUUCUGAGGCUGUUUAAGAAGCCAUACAGUUUUUAUUUUCAUUUUAACCCACAGUCAA